GCUAGCAUCACCAUAAUACAAUAAUAAUGAUAAUGUCUGGGCCAUCCAACACAGCUAUCCGCGACUUCGCCGAAGGAGAGCCGUUGAAGAAUCCAGAGACGGCUGACUACGAGACAUGCUGCCAACAUUGCGGCAGCCCGUACUAUGUGAAGCAGCGUCGCCAUGGCCAAAUCAUCAUCUUCUCCCUUGUUCUAUUCGCGCUUCUUGUGACCCUGGGAAAGACGCUGAUGGGCCAGCCGGUCGAGGGGAUGAAAUUUCCCGACCCAACGCUACAAUUAUUUUCGCCUGCGAAUGACAUUGUGGAAUACAAGCAUCACAUAUUCGAUCGCAGUAGGGGCCAGGGUAAGACGCCAUUUCAGGGUUGGCCGUCUGACGAAAUCGACAAGACAUGGCAGGAUGCAUACAUAGCUGGCAUGCUCACUACCGUCGACCAUGAUACGGCGAAGGAACUUCCAGAGGAAACUGAGCGUUUACCAAUCUCUGGAAGGGAGGACGAGUAUUUGGUGACUCUCGAUGUUUUCCACCAGAUGCACUGCCUAGACAUUGUCCGGAUGGCAUUAUACCCUCACAGAUACGACAAGAGCUUCUAUCUAGCGAAUGGGACUAUAGAUUAUUGUAAAUGGCUUCACGUAGAUCAUUGCAUAGACCAGCUGCGGCAGGCACUUUUAUGUAAUGCAGACGUCAGCGUCGUCUACUAUCAAUGGAGCGACGUGGUGGAAGGAAUACGGCCUAUGGUGAAUAACCAGCACACUUGCCGUAACUACGACAAGAUCCUGGAGUGGGCCAAAGAAAGGAACGUCGCGGAGCAUGAUUGGCACCCAAGCCGUCGUGUGAUCGAGGAGGAGAACGGGACGUUCAGUAUUUUCCAGGGUAGAAAUCACGCUCUAGGCGAUGAGGGAGAGUGUAACGCAAUCUAGUUCAAUAUGAGGAAGUACCUAUAUUUUUUAGUUAGCCACAGUUAUCAGAUCUCGCUGUACGACAUUUUAGACAGUGUAUAUACUGUGCGACUAGCCCAAGCAAACGUAAUAGACACAAAUCGAUACCAUAA